AACUAGUCAAAUUAUAGUUCAUAAAUAAUUCAAUUUUCUAUUCAUGAUUAAUUUUAACGCGUUGGUUUUUCCUGUUGUCGUGACAGCUACUGGUUGCUCUAGAGGUGAUACGUGAUUCGUGAUAAUUGGUUUCUUGUAGUAUUGGCAUCAUAGCUUCAAUGAUAAGUAUUAUCAGCUGCUUCUAUUUUCAUAAUUCGUGUUCAUUCUCCCAAAGCUUGAAUUUCCGGUUUUCUAAAUUCGUUUCUACCAAACCUUCCAACGCUAUAGUAACCGUUCUCUUCAUACUACCGACGGUAUCUAAACAGUGACUAAGAAUUGGCCAGUUCUCUGGUAACACGAGCUCGUCGUAAGUUGCUCUUUCAUUAUAGAAAAUUUGGACUUUUCGUCAUUAAAGACAGUUGGCUUCAGUUCGUGCCACUCAGUGUCCCUUCAUCAGCUUACUUCAAUACAAAAUUACUCUGGAGCGCAAGUAUUCGGUGAAUACGUUUAAAAAACGUAGAAAAAGAAAACUCAGUAGCUUGUACCCAGACGAAUUAUAUGGUAGAGCGCUUCGAAGAAAGAUGGAUGUGACAAACAAAAGAAAGGAUGAGAUCACACGUCUUAUAGUGCAAGCGCUAAAUGAGUUUGGCUACCGAGCGAGUGCUAGUCUUCUACAAAAAGAAAGUGGCCUCGAAUUAGAGUCUGAGAAUGUUCGGAACUUCCGAGAGGCAAUCAUGUCGGGCAAAUGGGCUGCUGCUCGGGAUUAUUUUGAACGACUCACCGUCCGUGAUGAGUCCAUCAAAAAGAAGGCAUUCUUUCUUAUCGAGAAACAAAAAUGCUUAGAACUCGCAGAACAAGGAAAGCUUUCAGAAGCGUUUAAUGAACUUCAGAAAUUCUCCCGGGCGAUCCCCGAGUUGCCCGUUGACACAAGCUUCUGUGUCAUGUUGCUACACCCGGUGAACGAAAUACGCAAGGAACUCGGUGUUGCGUCUAUGGAAGAUGCCCGUACAUUACUGCUCAAUGAACUCUCGUCAUUCGUUUCAGCAGACAUCCUCAUACCCAAAAACCGACUAGUAACUCUGCUCGAUCAAGCGAAAACUUUUCAAAUUCAAAAACAGCUGUGUCAUAACGUUUUACGCGAUUUUUCCUUUUACACAGAUUACGAAGUCGAUGAUUCACAAAUUCCUCAAAUCACAACCCAUAUUUUUGAAGAGCAUACGGAUGAUGUUUGGCAUAUUAGCUACUCACAUAAUGGUCGCUAUCUCGUUUCAGCCUCUCGCGACAGAACUGCUGUAGUUUACGACGUCACGGCUACAACCGUUCUUCAUCGCCUACUUGGACAUGACAAUGAGGUUGCUUACGCCCAGUGGUCACCCGACGAUGAUUACAUCCUCACUUGUUCCGAUGACAAAAAGGUUAUUCUCUGGAACGCGCACACUGGAGCCAGGGUUCGCGUUUUUCAAAAACACAGUGAGCCAGUAAGCUGUUGCAGAUGGCUUCCUGAUGGACAGUCAUUUGUCACUGGCUCCCUUGACUGUAGUAUUAUCCACUGGGCGUUAGAUGGAACUAUUCUGCACCGAUGGAGAGACUUGAAUAUUUACGACAUGGAUAUAACUCCGGAUGGAAAGCGAUUGUUUGUCGUUGGGGUGAAACAAGGCUUGUCAACAGAAAAACAUCUGAGCGUUUAUCACAUGGAAACAAGACAAUGCUUGAAACGCAUCACCCUCGAAGCAAAAGCCACCUCUGUUUGUGUGUCGAAGGAUUCCAAGUAUGCGUUGACAAACACAGAACCCCAAACGGUAUUGCUGUGGGACUUAGAAGACUACCGUAUCGUCCAGCACUACGAUGGAAGUCAACAAGGAAGAUGCUUGAUUGGUUCCUGUUUUGGCGGCCAAGACGAAACAUUUGUUCUCAGUGGAAGCAAAGACGAGAAAAUUCGAAUCUGGCACAAGGCUACUGGCAAGCUGCUUAAGACACUCUCGGGUCAUGUAAAAUACGUGAACUAUGUAGCCUAUAACCCUAAGAAUCCCUAUCAAUUUGCCUCCGCAAGUGAUGAUAAGACUGUGCGAAUCUGGGAAGCUCCAGAGUACCUUCGAGACAAGGGUCUUUUUGAUGAAGCCAUGGAAGUAGAGCAAUAAGCUUGUUAAUGAACUCAAUUUUUUACGUUUACGAUUCUGUUUGAACUCUUUUUACGCCCUUGUGUUUUUAUGUUUUCUCUUGUUCCAGUUACAAGCUCUGAAAAAUGCUUUCUGCCAAGCCUUCACUGUUUGCGAAAAGUGUCAGUUAAUGUAAUAAUUUUACGUUCAUUAAAAUAUGCUAUUCAUAACGAGACAAUACGAUGUGAGAAGGAAAGACGUCUGACGAAACUGCUUUGCUUAGGUGCUCGUACUUGCGAUUUCGAAUGGGCGUCGGUCCAUGGGACAUUGUCCUUGGGAGCUUUCUGUGGCAAGCCAGUUGGUUAUACAGUGAGAAUGGAAGAUGUGAGUGCAUUUUCCCCAAAUUAAAGGACAGUCAUCACCAGGCGACUUGCACAAGGGACAACAUCCAUCAAAGGGGACGCGACAAAUACCGCAAACAUCGUCUUUUGGAGUCGUCCAAGUCCAAUUAGCUACUGCAUGAUAUCCUACGGUUAUUGUUAGUCGAUGAAAACAUAAAUAAAUGCGCUUUAUAAGCCCAUA